UGUUGUUUUUCAGAAGAGACAGAUAAACCAGAUAGGAUUCCUAGUAGCCACUCAAGUACCCAGUAGUAGGAGGGACAACAAAGACGAGGACAGACUCGAUGGCUCCAUGCUCGUUCUCACCAGAGACUUAAACCACAAGGUUUUGUUUUCUAUGAAUGUGAUGAACAGACAUGAAAGGACGAUGGCGUACCACGCCGAGCUGGACUGGGUGUUUAAUCAGUUACAGGAGGAGAUCAAGAGAACAGGAGUCACUAAAGUCACAGAUGUUGAUUCAGUGCUGAAUAUUAUCCUAACAUUGGCGUACUAUUUCUACAAUAUGAUGCCACUGUCACGGGGAUCAAGUGCGGUAGCCUACUCUGUGGCUCUAGGAGUCAUCAUGUCUAUAGGACGGCAAGUCACAGGAAAAAUGCCUAAUGGCAAGUUACUGGAGAUGGAAGCCAUGCUGUCUGGGGCACCAGAUGUUUUUAUACUCAUGUCCAAACAAUGGAUGAAUAUCAAAAGGUUAAAUAUUCCAACCUCUUUGUUGCCAAAGGUAUACGAAGCCUUCCCCACCACGAGGAGUCUGAUUGAAGUUUUAAAUGUUAACACCGACUCCUGCCAGUAGUCCAAUACACUAACCUCAGUAAUGCAAUCAUUCCUCAACUAAAUUGCAGCACCUUUUGUUAAAGAUUAAAUAAUGUUAUUUGUGGAUUUUUGCAGUGAAUGAUUACUUUGUUGAUGUGCUUUAACUUUUUUUGGUUACUGUAAACGUAUAUAUUUUAGUGGUAGUCUUGAUUUAGCACUUUUCACGCCAUAAUUAUCUUACGAAGUUAUAAAUACACUCUUGUAUAUGCACAAAUUAAUCAAUUCUUUUAAAAUUUGAGAAAUGCACUAAAAUUGAGUGGGCUAAAAUGAAUACGUUUACAGUAUUGUGUGUUCUUGAUUUGUUGUUAGCAUGUAAAUGUUAUUAGUCAAUGAUAUGCAGGUAGCUAAUACUGUAGUCAACAGGUUUUGAUCUAGGAUGUAAGUCUUUUAUAAGAUUGAAAUUGGAAGAAAAAUGAUGGUAAUAUUUUCAAACAAUUGUUUCGCCAAUGUUCCUGUUUGUGAUCGUAUAUCUUGGCACCACUGUAACAGGAAAGGGAAAAGGCAAUUGGGCCAGACCCGGGCCCGUAAUCAAAAAAACAUUCUCAUGCUUAAGCAUUGAUUCUGUGCUCAAGCCAAAUGUUUUUCAACCCUCUUAAAUUAUAUGGUACAUUAGAAAAGUAAACGUAAAACAUUUAAAAUCAUUGAUUUGCAAAAUCUUUUGAACUUUUCUGAAUUUAUUAUAUGAAACCUUACAAUCAUUAAAACAGUAUUGGUGCAGGUUUUGAUUUGAUAUAUCUAAGACAGCGGUUACAUUGUACAUUUCCUAAGAUGUUCUGUCGUCAUAAAAUUAUUGUCACAAUGGUAGUCGGAGACUCGGGAAUGUAAAAUUCAAUAAGAAUCUUGUAAAGUUACACUAAUGCAUAAAAUAUAAACAAUUAAUGCACCUGUCUGAACCAGGAAGGAUGAUGUCAGUGCCGAGGGUAUGGUAGAAUACACUAUCUUUUGAUCAGCAAUUUGAAAUUAGCCUAAUAAUUCAUAUUUAUCACUUUGGUGUUAUUUAUAUUUAUCACUUUGUUGAUUGAGUUUGGAAUCUUUAUCUCAAUUAAUGCUUUUAAGGUCAAUUUUUCCGAGCCGGUGUUUUUAUUGAUUAAAAUUGCUUCCCCGAGACAUGAAUGUGUUAGUUUUAUUGGCAUUUUAAUGAGCCUUUAUUUCGGUACUUAAAUCUAGUAAAUUUGAUAAUCAAUGUUUUCUAGUAACUUUAUCCAUUAUCUGUAAACCUGAUGUUAUCCAGAAAUUGCAUGACUUAUCCAAUUAGUUCUACGUGUGUACAGCCACAAGUAUGAGUAAUGAUUCUUUCGAGAAAAACAGUUUUAAUCAAAAUAGUUUCUUAAUGCAUUGCGAUGAAAAAUGAAUCCUUUACUAGUUACGUGGGUUAUACAAUUCGAAUUAAAAUGAGUUUUGCAGGAUAAUAAAUUUAAAAAGGCUUACAGAUGAACGUGAACCCAAGAUAUAAUGAGACCGCUGACAGUGGUAUUACUGUGGGAAGAAUUUAUGCAAGAACCGCAGACAAAUGCAGUGAUGGAGCACCUAGGGCAUUGAACAGUUUGUUUGUGCCAAGAUAGAUGUGUCGGGGAGUGUUUGGUGAAUCCCCUAGACAGGAAAGCAAUGCGCCAUAUUAAUUGCACCGUAUGACAUUUAACAUCCAGCAUCUGGUUUUUCUAAUUUAAAGGGUAACAGACACAUUAUCAAGAGCAGAAAGAAUUUCAUUUUGGAAUUCAGUAUUUGAUUAUUUUUUUAUUUUAAAAAACAAUUUAUUUUUUAUUUUUUUGUGUGUUAUGUUCUUGGUGUAUUUUGAAUUAAUUGCCAAUUUUACAUCUCGAAAUGAGAAAUUAAAAGUUCCAAUAUGAGCUGUAUUAUACUGUGAUUUCUUAUAUUGUGUGUGAAUGAAUUAUUUUGCUUAUGAAAAUGUUGACCUCUAGGACUGGAAAAUGACCUUGAAGUGCCAAUAAUUAAGCUAUGCACACUUUGGUCUUGUAGUGAUAGCAAGACAUCUUUUUAUACUUUGAUACGAAUAGUCAAGUCAUGAUUUCAGUGAUUAAAAACUACCUCUGUAUAAAGAUGACUUUGGUUUU